GACGAACUUCAGCUGCUCCAAAACCUCGCAACUCCACGCAGAUUUUGCUAGGUGCCAUAUCCGAUUUCGUUGCCCGACCAUCCGCUACGAUCCGCUGGGUCCCGCUGGACUGCUUGCUGUGUGCGUUACCGGACGCAGCGCCAGUGGUCUAACUAUUGUGUGGAUGCCAUGCCUCGACCCAGGGUCAAGGACGAAGAUCGGAAAAGGGUCGCUCGGGCAUGCGACACGUGCAAACGCAGAAAAGAGAAAUGCGACGGGCAGCAACCGUGUCUGCUAUGCAAGCGACGCGGCAGAGAACCGGAAUGCAUCUUCACAGAGGCCUUUGCCAAAAGAGGGCCCGGACACCACACAGAAACACGUUCACCAUCGCAUCCGAUAACCCUCAAGGAUGCGCUGAAUGAAUCCAACGACGCAGAAAUUGCCAUUGAAUCAUUGCUGACAUUGUCCGGCUCAAGGAGCGCACCAAAGUCACCUCAGUACGAGCGGGGACCUGAUGAUCUCAUUUCGAGAGCCCCAGUACCAAAGCUCGCCAGACUUCUUCGCGAUGGCAGGGGUAAAUUCAUCUUUGUCGGAGACUCGAGUAAUCUAGCUUUCGUUCAGAACAUCCGCCGUCUGGUCAAGGCAGAAAUCGGAGAAUGCGGCCUAACAACAGAUCCUCUUCGCCAUGCAAUGUGCGAGGUCAUCCCACCACACAAGGUUCCGUCACCACUGCAGACUCAGCAUCCCAAGCCGACCGAAUCUGAAGCACGCGAUCUGGUCAAACACUAUCUCCUGUGUUCAAGUGGCGUAAUAGACUUGUUUGACCCAGACGAAAUCACGGAUCAUCUGUGUGCUUGGACACGAGAUUCAGCGACAGAGACGGACUUUAACAGCUCCAUUUAUUAUCUGGUCAUGGCUAUCGGCGCGUUGUGUCGUAAUGUCAGUGAUCUCGACACAGCGGAGUUUUAUUUCAUGAGAGGUCGAGAGAUUGGCGUUUCUAGCUUUCUUGAGGACCCGAGUGUCCUGACUAUCCAAGCCUAUGCCCUUAUCACGUUUUACAUGUUGUCCGCUACGCGCCGCAAUGGCGCAUUCAUGUUGAUGGGCAUUGCUGUUCGAGCAGCUUAUGCCUUGGGAUUGCAUAGAAGCGAUAUCUCAAAUCUCUUUGAACCGCGCGAGAGGCUUGCUCGAGAAAGAGUCUGGAAAAGCCUACGUGUGCUCGAUUUGUAUAUGAGUGGCUCACUUGGGCGACCGCCAGCAACGUCCGAAGUCGACGGUGGAAGCGUCUCUUGGAAUCGAUCUACCAGAGAUUACGAAGGAAUUCAGAUGAACGGACGAAAUACUUCGGCAACGUUGAGGAUUUGUUUCAUCUUCGAGCGGAUAUUGAACGAAGUGUAUUGUCGCCGAGAAGUCUCCGUCCAACUCGUGGAGAGUAUAUCCAGGCAAUAUCGAGAUUGGACAAUGCAAUUACCAGCGGGCCUGCAGGCAGACAGCUUGGACCAGAAGGCAGGUACGACAUCUCCGACCCUGCGGCAGACAAUCGGCAUUGCGCAUCUCAAAGGUGCAUACUAUUGGUCAAUCAUCCUUUUGACAAGGCCGUUUUUGAUCUUCAAAGUGUCUUCCAAGAUCAAGGGGCGGCAGGAUGAGGACGACACAGCAGGAAAUUCCGUCACCAUGACAUUGAGUGAGGCUUGCAUCGACGCUGCAUUGAGGAGUAUCGAGAUCGCAACCGAUCUUGUGCACACUCCUGGUGUCCCAAGGAGGCUUUUCAUGGUUGCCAACAGCGUUUUCAUCUCUGCCAUGGUGAUAGGGUUUGCCAUCUUCGGAGACUUUGACAAGUCCUUUCCUUUGCUAAGCAGUAUUGCCCAAGCAGAGUCCAUCUUGGCGAUCGUGGCGAGGGAUGAUUUAUCUGCUCGCCGACAUGGUGAGAUCACGAGAAAUUUACACCUGGCUGCCCUCGAGCACAUCAAAAGGCGCGAUCAGAUACAGAUGCAGAGACGCAGGCAGGACAUCCACAAUAUAUUCGGAGAUCCAAUCAACAAGAGCAGCAGCGCAAAAUCUACAAGACCGGGCACAGGCACCCACACUCCCGUUGAUGCUGCUGUAUCAACCAUGGGCGAUCACAGUAACGGCCUGGGCAAUUUUGACACCUCCGAGCCGGUCGAGGAGUCACCGCCACCAUGGCAAUUGCGGUUCGACAUGCCAGCUGAGAGCCGUGGGCCCGUGCUGACCACGUCUGGAGCAUUGGCUUACAACGGGGAUGCUUCUGGAGAACAAUGGCCUUCUGUACCACGAACGGACUUCGGGCAGAUGCCUGAGACAGAAUAUCUUUCUCCCGAUGGUUCAGGAAUCCCAAGCCUUCCGUCUUAUGCAGAAGAGUUCCCUCUCUUCUCAUUAAUGACGGAGUUCGACCAACUGCAAGACCCGUAUACGGUGCCGGGCCCUUGAAGCAGGACCUGAUCGAUGAUCAGGCUCAAGAAACAGCUGCCCGUGCGGGAUACACAAGCAAAAUCCAUCUUGAGGUGUAUCGUCCGUCGUCCCAGGUCAAUUUGGGCUCUUCCGUGCUUCAGCCCGUGUCAAGGGAGCGGUACAGACCCGAGAAAUCCAGCCAGAGAGAAACCACGCGCCCACUGCUACCAGCAUCAGAUACAGCCCUGUUGACAAUAAGGACCGAGGGAAAAAGUCCAAAAUAUACCGAUCCAGGAUGAUGUCGACCGCAACAGGAGGCACGUUCACCAUGAGACUGUCAUCCAGACUGUAGUAAUCUGCAGCAGCAUAUACUCGGAGGAAGACAAAAGUCGUAUCUGAAUCAGGAGUCGCCUUGUGCUGCUGAAGAAGUUCCGCGUCUGCUGAACUGAGCUUCGCGUGGCGAGAGUAUGAGUACUCGCUCAGAGAUUGAAGGAGAUCGGGAUCCUGAAAUACAACGUUGACUUCGAAGGCCCUAAGCGAGAAAGAGGUAGGCUGUGUUGCUAGCCAGCAUAUCCGGACUUCGUAGCGGUUGUGUGGACGUAGGCCUUCUAGGAAAAACCAAUGAGCGGUUCCUUUGGGACUUGUGGUGUUGGGGAAGCUCGCUCCGAGAUGAGUUCUGACUGUUGGAAAUUUCUCCGAUACUGAUAAGAGAAGGAGGUUGUCGAAGCUUGCAUCACGAGGCAGUGGUUCAGCAGAAGGUG